GACCCAUUUCAAUCUCCUCUUCUCUGCUUCAAAAAUACAAAGAAAAACAGGAAAAUAAUGGCUCCCAAUUCAUUUCUAUGUUCUUCUUCAUAUCCGAUUUUCAGUGUUGUACUUUUGCUUCUUCUUUAUUUAUUUGGUCAGUCUUAUUCUUACGACGACCAAAUUCCAUUAAACAGCUUUACCAUUUCCAGCUUCAGCUACCCUCCGACCACUCUCCGGGCGUUUGAGUUGCGUUACAUCAGAGUUGAAUUGCCACCAUGGUUCUCUUCAAUGUCAUUGGUAAUGCACUCAGAUGUUGACCUUGGUAAUGUAAACAUAGAAAAGGUUCCUAAAAGUAAGCUGCCAAUAAUUUGCUUUAGGGGUGGCAGCCCCCCACUUCCAGAUGUCAAUGGUUCUCCAAAGGAUUCGGGCAGUUCUGUUUUAGUUCCUGCCUUCAAUAGUUCAUUUGAAGGAAUACAGGCUCUUCAUAAUGGAGAGCAGUGCUAUCCUAUGCACAAAAACUUCACAGUUAAUUUGACAAAUGAGCAGAUAUCUUUUGGAGUUUGGUAUUUUGGCCUAUUUAAUGGCAUUGGACCUACAAGGACGCAAUCAAAGAUGAUUAGUCGUGGUCCGGCAUACUCCUUCAGUGCCAACAUUACUGUGGAAGGAUGUACAACCUCAACCAUGUUGGGCCAAUACUGCAACCAGACAAUUGAUUCGCUUUUAUGUUCUACCUAUAGCUACAGUAUUUCAGCAAAUUUUUCAGAAGCUAUGUUGUAUAACCAAACAAUGAAUAUUAUAUCCUGCAAAAAUAAUUUCGAAACUUCUUGUCAUGGGGAUGGUGAACAAAAAGUCUACACUUUGGACGUAAUGGGACUUGCUGAGGAGUUGCAGAUUACAGCUAGGAAUAUCAGUUUUAAUGUAACUCCAAAUAACACUGGCAAUUUUAGUGAACUCAAAUUAAUGUGUAUUGUUCGACAUGGUGCUAUGCCAUCAACGACUUUGCAUGAUUAUUCCAGUGACAUAAGCAAAGCCCCUUUGUUGAUUCGCUCACCAAAGAUCGGUCGAUGGUAUAUUAGCCUCUUACCUGUUAAUCUAUCAAAAGAAUUUAGUGGAAUUCAGGGAACUGAUAUUAAGGUUUGCUAUUCUAUGGAGGCAAAAGUGCUUCAAUGUCCACUGGGGAAGGCUGGACCAAAUUGUACGUGGGAGAAAUUCAUUCUUCAGACAGUUCUCAGGAGAGGUUCAGCACCAUUUGAAUCCUAUUAUUUGCCGGUCAGCAGAAAAGUGACUUCAAAUGGAGCUAAUUUUCCUCUCGAACCCAUUCUUACCAAUACCUCAUAUGGUGAAGAACCGGAUAAGGCUUGGACUUAUUUUGUUUUGGACAUUCCUAGAGGUGCUGCCGGAGGAAAUAUCCACAUCCAACUAACAUCAGACACGAAGAUUACUUCUGAAAUAUAUGCUAGAUUUGGCGGAUAUCCAACUCUUGAUAGCUGGAACUAUUAUUAUGCUAACAAGACAAGAAACAGUGAUGGCUCCAUGUUUUUCAAGUUAUAUAAUUCAAGCGAAGAAAAGCUUGAUUUUUACAUUCUAUCUAUUAGGGAAGGAACAUGGGGUUUUGGAUUAAGGCGUAGGAAUGACACCAACGUUGCUUCCAGAGAUCAGACAACUAUGUCUAUUUCCCUUGAAAGGUGCCCCAAAAGGUGCUCUUCUCACGGGGAAUGCAAAUUUGCCCUGGAUGCAAGUGGUUUAGCGUUAUACAGCUACUGCUCCUGUGAUCGAAACCAUGGAGGCUUUGAUUGUAGUGUUGAAAUUGUAUCACGUCAAGGGCACAUAUGGCAAUCCGUUUCUCUUAUUGCAUCAAAUGCUGCAGCUGCAUUUCCGGCCUUUUGGGCCCUUCGCCAGAAGGCAUUAGCAGAAUGGAUAGUAUUUACAACUAGUGGAAUUUCAAGUGGAUUAUAUCAUGCAUGUGAUGUCGGAACGUGGUGUGCAUUAUCCUUUAAUGUCUUGCAGUUCCUGGACUUCUGGCUCUCUUUCAUGGCUGUGGUGAGCACUUUUGUGUACUUAGCUACGAUUGAUGAAGCCUUUAAGAGAGCGAUACACACAGCUGUUGCUAUCAUUACUGCUCUUCUGGCGAUCACUAAGGCAACCAGAUCUUCCAACAUUAUUCUCGUUAUAGCAAUCGGAACUUUGGGGCUACUUGUUGGAUGGCUUAUAGAAUACUCUUUUAAGCUCAGAUCAUUUUCCUUGCCGCCUAUUGGAUUCUGCUUAACUAUGCUUGACAGAGGGCAAGCUGUUAGAGGUUGGCUUCAUAAUCUUAUCAAGAGAAUCUUUAAACGAUUUCACUGGGGCUAUGUUCUUGCUGGAUUUACCGCACUGGCCAUGGCAGCAAUAAGCUGGAAACUGGAGACCAGCGAAAGUUACUGGAUUUGGCAUAGCAUAUGGCAUGUGACAAUAUACACAUCUUCAUUCUUCUUCCUCUGCUCGAAAGCAAAUAAUGUAAAUAACGACGAAGAAGGACCCCCUGAUCGAAACUAUGAGUUGGCUCGGCAGGAUUCGAUCCCAAGAGGUGAAUAGAGAAAAAAAAGUUUAUAGAAAAAGACCAAAAAAUAAACAAAAAAGAAGAGAGACGGAAAACGUUGCACAAGUAAUGCUGUAGAGAAGGGGAGAAAAAUAGAAAUUCAUUGAAGAAAGAAAGUGUGAAAAUUUACGCCAAGAAAGUAGUAAGAUACAUCAGGUUGCAUCACCUAUGAUGUUUCUUGUACCAAAUAAUUAGUCCCCUAGUUGAGCCAACCGAAGCAUUACUUUUGAUCUUCGUACAUUCUCCUCCUUGUACAAUUUAAGUAAGAUUCCCUCCCCAAUUUUUGAAAAUGGUUUUGGGAGAGGAGAUAUUGUUCUGCAAGUAUCUUUGUACAUGAGUAGGAUCAUAAACUAGAAAUGUUACAGAUGUCAUUGACGAAUAUUAACUUAGUCGGGUGAGUGCAAAAGCUAU